CAACCUGGCUUGCGUUCAACUCAUUGUCUGCAUGCCUCUCACAUCACUCAUGGAAACUUCAAGGGCUCGUGAAUGAAGGCUCCAGUUCCGCAGGCUCGACAGUAUGGAAAGCAGAAGCUCGGAGCAGACGGCCGCCGAUGCGCUUCUCGAAGCAUACCAAGCCUCCCACGCCACAUCUUCGAGAGCUGCUGCCAUGGCUGAACGAGAGACUCAGACGGGGCAAGAUCCUCUCAUCACACUUCGGGAUCAGCUGAGAGAUGUACAGGCCAAACUUGAUGAAACGCAAAGGAUGACCGACCGUCUCUCGUCCUAUCGCGCAGGUAGUAGCCGCGGCCACCAGGUUCAUGUUCCUUUUCCUGCUGAUGCCUCUAAACAGCUCUCGACCAAGCGCUCGGGAAAAAUGAUACCAGCUGCUUUCUUCAGCGGGAACGUCAUGAGGCAGGGGAAGGUCUCACUUCCUUCAUUUUCGUCAGAAUCGCAACAUGAUCCACAAAGCUUUCCAACAUACGAAGCUGCGAUCGCGAACCUCAGCAAGCGCAGAGCCGGGCUCACAGCCAAGCGCGAAAGCAUACGUAAGGAGGUGCUGGCUUUAGCAAGCGAGGCUGUGCAGCAGCGGCUUGGUUUCAAGCCUGGGUCCGUACAAUCGGCGAAUGGCAUGGUUGGACGAGUUGACGAUCAGAUGAACGAAAGGGGUGAAAUCCUGAAUGAAGAAGGGCUACCGUUCUUUGAACCAGUUGAGAAGCUCUCAGAGCCCUUGACCAGCGAGAAAGGCAGGCCGCGAGCUCGUGACAUCAUUGCACCCUUCAAACCGAAGCCGUUGACGUCGCCUGCAGACCGCAAGAAGUGGAUGGACUCAGUCUUUGAUCAGCUCGAGGACGAGGAUGAAGCAUGCAUCGCCAGUGGUAGCCUCGAUGAUGAGGACAAAAGUGGAAAUGAUGCAGGGACUUGGAACAGUGAAGAGAACACAGUCAGUGCGAUGGGCCCAGCCAGGGAGCAUAGUUCACGGCGCGAAGGUGCCCACAUGCCAUCCAUAGGACCGUCGUCGACUUCUUCAGAACCAGUGACAAUCCCAAGUCCCCUACCGCAAUCUUCUGAACGCCCUCGUCCCGCCAAACCAGCUUUGAAGAAAUCACACUCGUCUCCGGGAACUCCAAAUCCGCCCUUCGGGGCCGCAGGUUUCAAGCGCGGCUUCCUCAAUCUCAAUCCUUCCUCUCCCGCGGCGGAACACUCCAGCGAUUAUGUCGAAUGUGGCUUUGUCGAGGCGAUGCGUACCCUUGCACUCGAGCGGGUUGAAGCUGCUGAUGCAGGGAGCGAAGACGACAAGAAGCUAGCAGAAGACGAUCAGAUGAGUCGGGUCCAGGAACAGCAUUCGCCAAGCGGAGCAAGGGGCAAGGGCAAGAGGAAGAGUGUGCGCAUUCAGUCGCCUGAACGUGUACCACACAAGUCUCGUGAAGAGGCAAUCAUGCAGUACUCGAGUCGCAGUCAAAACCGACCUACGGAUGAGGAUGAAGGCGUGGAGGAAGAAGCACGAAGGAUCGUCGAGCUUCUUGGGCCGGGUGUUGUCAGUACUGAUCUGCCUGGCAUGGCGGGCACUUCGACAAAUUCCUCUCUAAGCGCAGGAAGGAGACAGAGAGACGUCGCGCAGAGAGCCAGCUCUGGUGUCCCGGAAGGGAGAUUGGUCCCACCAUCCAAGCCUGUGAUCAAUCGUACUGUGGUCGAACGAACUCCCGCAAGUGCUGCCGCAACUUUCCGAGCGUCGCCUAACAAUGAAGCUGUCGCUAAGGCUGCGAAGACGAGCACGUUUGCGCGUGGUUUCCUCAAUCAAAAGCCCGGAAGCGCCAUGCAAGCAGAUUCUUCCAUGUGUAGCAGUGCCCAACAUGACCCGCGAACCUCGCUAGGAAUAUCGGCGACAGAGCACGCCUCGCGCGCCGACAAGCCUUUGGAGCGGGAGCGGAAAACGCAGGGCCUCACGCCGGCUGCACCCCACGCACGACCAAGCAAGGCGUACGCCGAGAAGAUCCGGGAAAAGCAAGCGGCUCAGCGUGGAGGCGAGGACAGAGGCAAUGUUGGCAGCACAGAUGUUGAAAGCCACGCGAAAGGGGUCCCAAAUGGCUCCAGUGCUGUGUGCGUUGGGGGGGAAAUGGUCGUUGGCGACGAUCGACUGGAGGGAUCUUCCACUGUGCGAUUCGGUAGCGUCAGUGUUGGAGAAGCUGUUACAGAAGCUCGAUUCUAUGCUGAUGUUGGGGACAAGGAUACGGAGAGCUCCGAAGACGAGGAGGAAAUGGUUGAUUUCGAUCGAGAUAGCGACGACGGCGAUGAAGGCGAGGAAGAAGGGGUGGCUUUUGAUCAUGAUGACGAAGACUCGUACGACAGCGAUGAUCUCGCGGACUUGCAGCCCGACUUUGACAGCGAUCUGGAUUGGGACGCCGACAUGCUGAUGGCAGAUCUGCAGCGAGAGUAUUCCCUUGCAAAGGCAUCUCUGCUUGCAAAUCAAGGCGAGCACGCCGAAGCACUGCACAAGCGAAAUCAGCAUGCAGUCGCAGAGGGAGAGGAACUGGUGCCGAACGAUCAUGUGGAGGGCGAGGAUGGCAUCGGCGUCGGUGCCUCUGAAAGCAAGCCGAAAGCCUCUCGGUUCAAACAGGAUCGGAUGGCUCGCGCGUUUGGGACUCUGGCACAAGCCCAGACUCGUAAAUUGCACCAGCAACAGCAGCAACCAGAAGAACGACAGGCUCAGAAGCAAUGGGGUAUUCCGGAUGCAGACGAAGCAGCCGAUGCAGCCGGACACGACCUUGUGCAUCUCUUGCGCGAUGCGCAAAACCUUGGCCCCGUGGGGCAGCUACCUGACGGGGCGGAUGUGGACAUGCGAGAACCACAACAUGACCAGCGGCAGCAGCAUGGGGCGACUAUCGCAGGGCGGCCCGUGAUGGUGAUUCCACAGCUGGCACCCGUGCGAUUCGCUCCUGGCGGGGCGCCAGUCACAGAGCAAAUGCUGCGCUCUAGACAAGGCGUGGAGCUCGAGGGGGAGAGCGAUGAGGACGAUGCGCGCCUCUUUGAGAUUGCGAGGCGCAGACUUGGAUUCGGCGCUACUGCUGAGGAGGGUGAGGUCUCAGACGAACAUGAGGAACCGGCUAAAGAAGCGCACGCAAGAAAAGCACAGACUGCAGCUGCCGGCUCUGUUGUUGAGCGCGGUCGGCCACCAGUCGUAAGGGCCAGGACUGCUCAGCGUCGGGGUGCAUCGCCUCCUGUCCCGCAAGGUGCGCAGGACGUCGGCUCGCCGCCACCGCCCAAGAAGGUGUCACGCUUCAAAGCUGCAAGGAUGGGAGGAUGACUUGUUGCGCCAGUUCAUGAGCCUGCGUGUAGCACGCAUACUAUCCAUUUUGCGCCCAUCGUGAAGGCGCUGUCCAAUUCAUGGUUGCAGAGCUAUGUGGCUAUUUGCCUGCUUGCAUGUAGCGCUCUCAUUGGCAAGGCAUUACUGUCGUCCCACCACAAAAUGUGGCAC